CUGGCUGCCGCGGCAAAUUUUUCGUGUCUACAAUUUUUCGUGGCUACAAUUUCGAAUUGUCUCCGUUUCCUCUUUUUGUUGCCGACCUGAAGGGAGCAAUAAUAGUGGGCACAUGAACCGCACGAGUCCGCCAACGCUCCCAUCGACCGCAGAGAAGCUCGGAGGCCGCAUCUGAGCGACGAUGGACUCGUACCGGAGCGAGUUGGACGCUACGCCCGAAGAGAGCCUGUUCUGCCGGACCCUGAGCGUUCAGCUGAGUGACGAGCGGGGCUCCCGCAGGCUGGCCGGGGUUUGCGUGAGCGUCCGGCACGGCUCCAGCGGCGGCCGGAAGCAGCUGCGGGUCCAGCUGACGGACGAGACGGACCCGUUCUUCGUUUACUCGCUGGCGCUGACCGACGACGACUUCGAGAGCCUCAAGUGCCAGCAGGGCCUACUCGUGGACUUCGCCGCCUUCCCGCACAAGCUGGCCGACCUGCUGCAGCUGUGCGUCGACCACGAGCGCCGCGAUAGUCCCAAGUUCGUGGUGCGCCUGCGCGUGUCUGGCGACGAGCCCGCCCUGAUGGAGGUGGUGGAGGCGAACCCCUUCAAGCACCUGGUGCACCUGUCCCUCUUGCUCAGGGCCCCCGGUGAGGGGGCGCUCAGGAAGCACCUGGCCGCUGCCAUGCGUGCGCUCAAGGAGGACAAGCGGCGGCUCGAGGCGUCCCUGAGCAGCUGCGAGGCAGAGUGGCGUGCGCGGCUGGAGCGGAGCGAGACCUUGGCUGCGGAGAAGGCGCAGGAGGUGGAGCGGCAAAGGACGGCCCACUCCGCCCAGCUGGCCUCUCUCGGGGAGCGGCACCUUGCGGAGCUCGGAGCCCUCAGGGACGAGAUGAGCAAGGCAAGCUCGGAGCAGCGCGUGCGGGCAGAGCUGGAGCGGCACGAGGCAGAGCUGCAGCAGCGCCGGCAGAUGCAGGCCCUGGAGGCCCAGGCCAGCCUCCAGGAGGCCCUCACCAAGGAUCUGAGGGAGAAGCUGGACCGCAGCGAACGGCAGUGCCGGGAGCUGGCACUGCAGGUGGCCGCGCUGGAGGCCGCCCGGGCGGAGCGGGACGCCCAGGCGCUCUCCAGGGAGAAAGAGGCAGCUGAGGAGAGGGAGGCGACCACCUUCGCGGCCCGCCUGGCGGAGCUGGAGGCCCAGCUGGAUGCUUCCAGAGCAGCCCAGCGCGAGUCGGAGCGUGGCCUGGAGCAGUGCGCGUCUCGGCUGGAGCGGCGGGAGGCGGCGGUGCGCACCCUGUCCGGGGACGUGGUCAAAGCCAACGAGAUCAUCCGCCGCCUCCAGGGAGAGCUGAGGGCCCUGCACGGUCAGCUGGGCCAGCGGGAAGGGGCCCUGGCGGACAAGGAGCGCCGCCUGGAGGCGCUGGGGGACACCGCGGACCAGCUGAGGGCCCAGCACCGAGACGGGCAGGCACAGCUGGAGCGUGCGCGGCUGGAGUUGUCGGAGGCCCAAGCCCAGCUGGCCCAGUGCCAGCGCCAGGUCAAGACCCAUGAGAAUGUGAUCCAGUGGCUGAACCAACAGCUCAACCAGCGGAUGGGGGCCGGCCAGGGUGGAAGCCCCGGUGCGGUGCAAUGUCCCGGAAGCCUGCCCAAGACACCGGGGGAUGCGACGUCGCAGCCGGCCAAGGGCUUACGCAAUGCAGUGCCACAGGCGGGCCUUUGGACCCCCGUCGCCAGGGGUUCCCAGGCUGCCAGGCCCCCCUGAGCCUUCCUCAAACCGUUGGACUCUUUGGCGCUCGCAUCUGCAAAGCAGCUCCAGACAGGCCUUCCGGUCUGGGCAGUGGUGAAACAUGUGAUAUGCGAGCGUGCCAAGCGGCACAUUUCAGUGGCACGGUUCGGACGAAGGGGCGGCCCUCUGGAACGUCGAAAUGCGUGCCAUGAGGAAUGACUGCGACUUGAAGGGAGCCGCUCACGAGAGAACCGUCUGGGCCGCCCUCCGUUCGGCGGACAACUUUUCGGGACAGCUGGCACUCCCGGCGAGUGGUCGACGCCCAGUGCCUUACUAUAAUGCGGACAACUCAAGCGUGUCGCGUAAAUAAAGCUGCCAACUAUAGA